AUGCUGCCCAAUAUUCUCAUCAGUACGUAUCUAGAAUACAAAAAGGACACCGAUGCGAUCGCGUCAUGGCUCGCGUCAACUGCAAAGGCAGCGGGCUUCAAUCCGGGCGACUUGUCGGAUCCUCCCAGCCAGCCCAGCAAGGGCGGAGGGCGCCUCAAAGGAAAGGCGCGUAAGCAGGGAAAGAAAGUUGCAAGCAAGCCCGAUGUUGCGUCGUCCGCCAAGUACGUCAUUCGCAUUCGCGAUUUUACAGUUCUUGCGCAGUACAUCCUUGAAAAGGUCAUCCCCGUCCCCAUGUCGUUCCAAUCUACCCUUGAUCGUGCCAUCGCAGCACGCGCCAGCUUCGGAACCAAGCUCGAGCAGCAUGGCUCCAGCGUUGAUGCUGAAGUGAAUGCAAAACAUGAAAACUUUGUGGACGUGCUGAAACACGUGCGAAUUAUUCUGACAUCGCUUAUGGCACCGCCGGAUGGCGACGAGUCUUCAGUCCAAGAUGAUACUCUUCCGAACCGAUUCGCCGGUCUCGCCGUUUACGAACCAUCCGAAGCCUUCUUAUCGGCUCCGGAUAUCCAGAGACCCGCGAAAGCCGAAGCCGACCCUGUCGACUAUGCUGCAGAAAUUCCUCCGUCCUUUGAGGACGCAAUUUUUGCCUUGUGGGUGCUUAUGGAUGACAUGAACAAGGCGAGGGCGAAUGUGAGGUCGAUCUGGUCAAGCUUCAAAGAUGCAGGCUUUGACGUGGUCCCCGCCGCUGUUACCACCAACACCGUCAUUGAGCUUGUGCGCAAUAUGAUGGAGGAUGUUGUGCCGUUGAUUGAUAAACACGGCGGCCUCCACACGUGUCUUGAAAAGUGCCACAUGGUCAAAUGCCUAAUGAAGGGAUUCUCAGUGCAGGAUUUCCAUAAUCAGCAAGAUCCCAAGGACAACUUUAACUACGACACAUACGACGUAGCGAACGAAACAUUUCUCCUGUGUUUUCGUCUGAUAGACGGCUUCCAAGCUAUCGUCGACCCGAGGGAAAUACCUCUCUACCAAGAUGGUACGUUUGGAACGUUCGAUAUCAACAGCGACCGUACCAAAAAGUCAGGCACGGCCAAGUUCCACGAUGAUCGCGCCCUUUUGAUGCCUUUCUUUACGGACUUGAUGACGGUUGUUCUGAGUGCACCAGCCUGGCCAGUCCACGAUGAAUUUCUCCGUGGCAUGAAGGAAAUGACGCGCACAGGCAGCGUACCGUUCUACUUGGUGUUUGCGGCUCAGGUAUUCCUUGAUGUGACAUAUACGCUCGGCCCCGGCAUUGAAAGAGGAUGGCAGGUGUUUGCUACUCACCUCAAUUUUAUCGUAGGCGAUCUGAAGACGCACUUGGAGUAUCAUAAGAACUUGAAGAUCAAGACAUGGCCGGCUUCUAAUGACCAAAUGCUAAAGCAGCUGCGCGACAGCAUGGUAUGGCUUAGCAAUGACCCCCUAUUCCAGGUUCAGGAACGACUUCUCCGGCGCGAAGGUGUCCCAGCCAACAAAGACAACGCUAACCGAAUUUUCCGCAUGUCGCCGAUAAUCUGUGGGCUCGUACUCUAUCAGUACCGAUUCAGGUAUCGAGAAGCUGCUCUGGCGGUAGCGGAUGCUUGGGGUUCUAUUCAAUAUGCUGGGCAUCUGUACAACACGCUGGACAGCAGUGGCCUUUUGAAGGGGCGAUGGGAGGAUAUGGACAUUGCCAAGACACUUCUUGGUCCAGAAAGCUUCUUUGUGGGUGGCGAAGAACCACGAACGCUCGCGGACCAGUUCAAAAAGUAUUGCCUGCAAAUGGGAGUCUCGGCGGCUGCUCUGAGCAAGAAGAGCAGAAAAGGGCGUGAACUGGCGUCCAAGGCAGGGCCACGUGGUCUGAAAGUGAAUGCGCCAGUCACUACCAUGUUCGAGGAGCGAUACGCCAACGACAGCGACAUUGUGCUUACGGCCGAACAAGUUGAACGCAUUGUCGAGCUCAGUACAUUUGAACUGGAAACCGACGAAGAGACUGGCCAGACUUUCCUGGGCCAAAUCGAAGAUGAGCAGAAAUUAAAGGACAAGAAGAAGCUACAACACGAAAUCAAAAACCACCCGAGGCAAUCUAAGAGAACCAGCGAGCCUCGCAUCUCUCUCGGCCAACUGGCACAAGCGCUGGCCAACGCAAUGCAGGCCGAAACCGUGGAGUUUUGCUUCCCAUACAUGCUGAUGCACCGGUGGUGCUGGAGGAUGUUUCGCAGUGUGCGAGACGCCUGCGAUCCGCAACUCAGGCAAAUCCUGGGGCUGGACUACCUUGAGAACGAGACACAGCUGCCCACUCUUACCGGCUACAUCCUGAUGCUGGCAUGCGGUGCCGAAGGCCAUGCAGCUAACUUGGGUCCGCUGGAGAGUGCGGCGCAUGUGCUGAAUGAGAUGCAGGUAGCGGGAACGCAAAACUUUAUCAUUAAGAGAAUCAUGGGAGAGAUGCUGGGUAUGGAAAUCGAGAUUGACAACGAAUUAGAUGAUUAG